CUAGUCGCCGUGGCCUCGAGCGAAGGCUGCCAGCAACCAUACCGGGCGUUUGCCGAGGCACGUCCUUCGGCGCCAGCCGUUGGGGUCUUGUGAUUUCGAACAGGGAAAUGAGCCAAUCGGAGAGGAGGAGGGGCCGGGAGGCGCUCAGUUUGAGGCGAGACGCGGCCGACGGAGGCCACGGCGAAGAGCAGCGGCGACGGCGACUGGGAUGGAGGCCUUGGAAAGUCGCGGAAGAGGGUUGGCGAAGCUGGCGGUGCAGCAGCAGCUCCGAGUCGCCUAUGGGAUCAAGGUGAAGAACCGGCCGGCGAAAGGGAAGCCCUUGCCCGCCGCUGCCGGGGAGGGGAAGGGCAAAAUAUUUGGAAUAGCUCUUCAUGAAUUACCUCAUCAAGAUGUGCCUGAAUAUGAUCGUAUACCUUGCUUCUUAGUUGAGGCAUGUAAAUAUUUGGAAGAACACAUUAGCACUGAAGGGCUCUUCAGAAUAUCCGGAUCAGUUGUUCGCAUAAAAGCAUUAAAGGGUAAACUGGAUCAAGGUGAAAACUGCCUGUCAACUGCUCAGCCCUGUGAUGUUGCAGGGCUUCUGAAGCAGUUUUUCAGAGAACUGCCUGAGCCCAUUCUCCCAAGUGACCUGCAAGAAGCUCUCAUCAAAGCCCAACAAUUGGGCAGCGAGGAGAAGAAUUCUGCCACACUGCUGCUCUCCUGUCUUAUGAAUGACAGAAUAAUCAAUAUACUCAGAUAUUUUUUCAUGUUUCUCAAAAAAGUGUCUCUAAGAUCUGCUGAGAACAAAAUGAGCAGUAGCAACCUGGCAGUUAUCUUUGUUCCAAACCUCUUGCAAUCAAAUGAAGCUGACAAGAUGUCGGCUCAUACAGAGAGAAAGCUUCGUUUGCAGGCGGCAGUUCUGCAGACGCUUAUUGAUCAUGCAGAAAAAAUAGGGCAUGUACCAAAGUUCAUCCUGGAAAAGAUACCUACUAUGCUUGGCAUUGAUGAUCCUGUCUCCACUCCUUCGCGGCAAGAAUAUGAAGAAAGUGAAGGUGAAACUCCAGGUGAACCCACAAGGAGGAGGAGGAGGAGGAGCAUAGGAGAUAUUGUUAGUGGAGCUCUGAAUAAACUUAAAUCUAACAGAACCCCCUCCACUACACCACAGAAAGACAGGCAUGUCUUUUCAUCAGUGACUCCAGUGAUACUUACUCCAAAUUUUAAACGUAAAUGUCCAGCUGAUUCCUCUCAAGGUUUCUCUAACAAGAAAAGGCGAUCUAUCAGGCAUAACUUGGCUCUUGAAUUGCUACCAAGUAGCCUUUUUAGCGUUGGAUCAACACCUGGUUCGGCUCAUUUUGAAACAAGCCCUAAUGUAUCUCUUGACGCACCUCAGAGUUCUGUGUCUAUCUCAGUCAGUAGUGAAAAGCACCUGCCUAGUGUAGGAAGUCGAAGAAGCAAAAGAAUUGCCAGCAAAAAAGUACAUAGGGUUGAGUCUGGAAAAAUGGGUUGCUUUUCUCCUAAGGUUAGUCGGAAAGAAAUGGUGCGCAGGUCAUUGCGAUUAAAGUUCAUUCUGGGAAGGAGCAGCAAAGAGAAUACUGCAGUGGAACAUCUGCCUAGCAACAGAUCUGAAAAUGUUGGUCGGCGACUUGCAAGUCAACAAAAUGUUGAAAGUGGGAUGAAUCAUGGAAAGACAGCUGCAUUUUUAAGCCCAUGUGUUGGUGAAUAUAUAACAAAAAAAGAUUCCAAAAACAUCAGCAAGUCAGAGGAAAACUUGCAAAUUGAAAACCAACAUAAUGAAACAACCUACCGAAUGUCCUGGACCGGCCCCAGUACUGCAGGAUCUGAGAAGACUAGCAAUAGGGCUGCUGCUUUAAUGGCAUGUCGUGAAGCAGAAACCUCUUUUUCUGAGCCUCUUCUUACAACUAGAAUACCUCCAAUCAUUCCUGUUAAGUCAAGACCCACUGAUGCAAGUUCUGAACAGGAAAGCAAAAAACAACAAACUUCUUUUUGUGAGGAUGAAAAUGAUUUGACUGCAGACACUUUAUUGAAAAUUAAGACAGCAUUUUCUGAAUCGGGAAGCAACCUUCAUAAUUUAUUUGAAACUGAGCCUUCAAAAUUAAAUUUAACACGAGGUACAGCAUGCUUUUCAGAACUCAAUCUAGAGGAAGAGCUCUCUAAAGCCCAAGCUCAGAAACUGACAAAUGUAGAACAGAAGACUCCAUUUGUAGGUUCUGCGAAUAAAUCAAACGUCUCCGACAAACGUCUGCCAAAUAUGGAUCAAGUCAAAGCUGUAGACAGUUCCCUCUUCCCAAACAAUACAGAGACUAAUCUUCCAGUCCAUGGUCUUAGCAAAAGUGAGGGAUCGAUAAAAAAGGAGCACUUGACCAUAAUGACAUCUCCAGGGAUGCAUUUAAAUAGCACAAACACCCUGAAAAAUGAGACAUUGGAAUCGGAUGAAAAAACCGAUGAAGAAUUUAGAUACUGUUACUCAGAAAUUAAAGAAUGUCUUGAAAAAGGGGAGCUUCUUUCUCAGUUGCCAGAAGAUGGCGACAGAAACAAUACAUGUUAUCUACACAUGGAAACUAUUGAGAAAUCUACAUUUUCCCCUCCAGGAAAGGUUGCUGACCAUAUCCAUUGGUUCAACAAACUUUCAUUAAAUGAGCCAUGUUCUGCAACCAAAGCCAAAUCACCACUUAAGUUUCAACGUACGCCUGUCCGCCAGUCAGUACGGAGAAUGAACUCCCUCUUGGAGGCUAACAAGCCGUCAGUUGCUUGUGGAUUAAUAAAAGCUGGCAAUGACUGUCCUUCUCUUGUUAAAUCAGUGAGUUUUGAAACCGCAUUGCCGUCCUACAUGGAAAAUACCUCUAGUACAUCUACAGCUUCUCUGCUUUCUUCUGAAUCAACCUGCAAGCAAGAGUCUACUUGCAAUCGGUAUUCUCUGCCUUCCAAAUCCUGCCCACAACAAAUACAUCCAUUACAGCAAGCCAGCAGGCCUGGUACAACCUGCAAAGAGACACUGACUACCAGUCAUCAAUCCAAGUCAGUCCUUGAGGACCUAACUAAUCACGAAGCACCAAAAGCUGUUGUAAAAACGAACACAAAUGUAAAUAUUCUGGUUGCUACACCUGACAAAUGUGAUUUCAGGAGAAAAUUGUCAGAAAAGAAGGUUCGCUAUAGAGGGUCUCCAAAGAACCCAAUAGCUACAACCAAACUCCUUCCAGUUGUUAAACCUCUUGACUUAUAGGUUAAACAACCCAAUUCCUGGCAUGUUUCCUAUAGACUUCAGUGGUCUUUGUAUUUAGGAUUGUAGCCAAAGUCUCUUGUUUAUCUUAAACUAUCAAUCUGCUUCUUUAUUUUUU